ACAGUCCAUUCCACCUAGACCUCACUGAUCAUCACUUUCAACUUAUACAAGUAGUCUGCUAUAGGAAGAGCGAAGACAGGUUUCUGACAUUUUGGUCAGCAGAAACAAGAUGAACCCUUCAGCCACUUGUUACACUAUAGUCCAUGAUGAUCUCCUCGACACCCCAUCGUCUAAUGACCUUCGUAACGCCCUUCAAAAAGGUUCGGACGAGGUCAAGUUAGAGACCGUCAAGAGGAUCAUUAUAGGGACUUUGAACGGACAUUCAUAUCCUCAACUACUCAUGCCAAUCAUUCAAUAUGUCAUGCCAUCUCGAAAUAAGCAAAUCAAGAAAAUGUUACAUUUCUACUGGGAGAUAUGUCCCAAACUUGAUGAUAACGGAAAGCUCAAACAGGAGAUGAUUCUGGUAUGCAAUGCCAUUCGUAAUGACCUGCAACAUCCCAAUGAGUAUAUACGUGGUGCUACUUUACGUUUCUUGCAAAAAAUCAGAGAAUCAGAAUUACUCGAACCUCUAGUACCUACCGUUAGAUCAUGUCUUGAACAUCGACAUUCUUUCGUCCGUAAGAAUGCAGUCUUUGCUGUAUGGACCAUAUAUCAAGAUCACGAACAAUUAAUCCUGAUGCACGGAACUUCUGGACACUUCCUAGCUGCUGAAUCCGAUUCUACUUGUAAACGCAAUGCUUUUGUAGCACUCUGCAAUAUCUCUCAAUCCACUGCUGUCAGAUAUGUCCUGACCAACUUUGACCAGAUUAGUGGGAUGGACGAACUUAUGCAAAUGGCCGUGAUUGAGCUUGUCAGGAAAGAAGCUAAAAUCGAAGGAGGACAUCGAGCCAAAUGGAUAAGAUGUAUCUUCGAGCUACUCAACUCUCCAUCACACGCCGUCAAGUAUGAAGCUGCAGUCAGCCUUACGACUCUCACGCAGAAUCCCGCCGCUGUCAAAGCUGCGGCCGGGGCAUUCGCAGAAUUAAUAGUCAAGGAGGCGGAUAACAACGUCAAAAUCAUCGUGUUGGACAGGUUCAACGUUCUGAGAUCUAAACAUGAGCAUGUGCUUGAUGGAAUGGUGAUGGACAUCCUCAAAGUUCUCUCGAGUCCUGACAUGGAAGUGAAACGUAAAGCUCUUGCAGUUGCCCUAGAAUUGGUGACCAGUCGAAAUGUAGAGGAUGUGGUUUUGUUCCUCAAGAAGCAAUUACAAAGUACCAUGGAACAGGAAUACGACAAAAAUAUCGAAUAUCGGCAACUCCUCAUUCAAUCCAUCCACUCAUGUGCCAUCAAAUUCUCAGAGGUCGCCGCCAAUGUGGUAUAUGUACUCAUGGACUUUUUGGGCGACUCAAGCAACCCUUCCGCCGUCGAUGUUAUCGCUUUCGUUCGUGAGGUGGUCGAAAAAUUCCCCGACCUCCGACCAGCCAUCACCGAUAAGCUUAUAUCCACUUUCAGCGAGAUCAAAUCCGGUAAAGUCUUCCGUGGGGCCAUGUGGAUUGUUGGCGAGUAUUGCACAGGUGUUGCGGAGAUCAAGCACGCAGUCCACGAGUUACGAAAAGUCAUCGGAGAAAUACCCAUCCUGGCUUCGGAACAACGAUUGCUGGACGAAGCAGAGGCUGCAGACGAGUCUUCGACCGAGAAACCAGCAGAACAACCCAAAGCCAUCACCACCACCCGUGUCCUCCCCGAUGGCACUUACGCCACUGAAACCGUUUACACGUCCAAUGUUGCCGCGGCCAGAUUGGAACAGGUCCGUGCAGCUUCGAAACCACCACUUCGAGCUCUCAUACUGGGAGGAGACUUUUUCACCGGCUCUGUCCUGGCUGCGACUCUCACCAAACUCGUCAUGCGAUUCUCUGAGAGUGGACCACCGGCAGAGGACAUCAACACUCUGAGAGCGGAAGCGAUCCUCAUGAUGACAUCUGUCAUCCGUGUGGGCCAAUCCAAAUUCUCUGCCGUACCGAUCGACGAAGAUUCGCAAGAGAGGAUAAUGAACUGCAUCGAGACUCUUGCGCAGUUGCAAAAUAUGGGCGUGAUGACUCAAGUCUUCCUAGAGGACACCAAAGCGGCGUAUGCCAAGAUGGUGAAGAAUGAGGAAAAGAAAGCAAAGGCGAAGAGAGAAAAAGAAUCGAAGACUACAAUAGUUCAAGUGGACGAUUUGAUCUCUUUUGCUCAGUUAUCGAAGAAGACAGCCGGAGGGGAUGCGGAUGAUCUUGAUUAUGAUUUAGUACGUGCUACCGGUACGGAAAUACAAGAAGACUUUGUUUCCAAAUUAUCUCGUAUAGUCCAACUCACUGGCUUCUCUGAUCCUGUCUAUGCCGAGGCUGUCGUUACUAUACAAGCGUUUGAUGUGCUUUUAGACGUUUUGAUUGUUAAUCAAACGACGGAGACUCUGCAGAACCUGACGGUCGAAUUUGCUACUUUGGGAGACCUCAAGUUGGUAGAGAGACCAGCACCUCAUACAUUGGCGCCUCACGGCUUCCACCAUAUCGCCGCCACUAUCAAAGUGUCAUCGACUGAGACAGGGGUCGUAUUCGGUAACAUUGUUUAUGACAAACAAGGAGCAGCCGAUGCCAGUGUCAACAUUGUCAUGAAUGAUAUUCAUUGUGAUAUCCUCAGUUUUGUACAACCGAACUAUGUUCCAGAAUCCCAGUUCCGAAGCCUGUGGACAGAGUUUGAAUGGGAGAACAAAGUAGCCGUCAAUUCCACCAUGACGGAUCUCCGAGCGUUCUUGGAUCAUUUGGUCAAAUCUACCAAUAUGUUGUGUUUGACACCGGACGCGGCGUUGGAAGGGGAUUGUCAAUAUCUCUCUGCGAAUUUAGCUGCGAAGAGUUUGUUUGGCGAGGACGCUUUAGCCAAUUGCUCGAUAGAACUAGCGGAAGAUGGACAGGGAUUGACGGGUCAUGUGAGAUUACGAGCAAAGUCUCAAGGUAUAGCAUUGUCAUUAGGGGAUAAAGUGACAGUUUCUCAAAAAGCGAUAAAGGCUUGACCGAGAUUUAUGGAAUGAUACAAAUGAUACACAUUGACAUGAGGCAUGCAUUGACGUUGAGACAU